CGGGUUCGGACGUUUUUUUAAUUUGUGGAGAUUGUACACAUACAUAUUGAUUUUUUAAAAAGAACAUUGUUUUUUGUAAACCGCUGACAGCAUGCAACUCCUAUCUAAUACAAUAUAAGAUCCCACUUCUAUCGAGAAAAAUAAAACUUAAGUGUAGGCAGGUAUACCACAUACAGUGUAUCUAAAAUAACCAGAAAUAUCAUUCAUUUAUUUUAAUUUCUCUUUUCACCUGUUCACUGCAAACAAAUCAAUAUAUCGAGUAGCGGAGUAAUUUCCAAAUACGACCACGAGAAGAAUCACCCAGUCGAAGAUUUAAAAACCCCUGACCGACGCACUUUAUUCUCUACAAACAUUCAGUUUAUGAAGUCUUAUUUAAAAUCCACAAAUUAUAACAAUGACGCUUCUAUUUGAUUAAGUUUUACCGUGUUUUCAAUUUAUCGGGUUUUUAAACAGAAUAUUGGAACUCUCUGAAUGCAAGUUCGAUACCUAUGUACAUGGCCCCAUUGCUUCUUGCCAACGACUUCACUGUAAAUUCAGAAUUCCUUGAAGCGGGAUUCCAUGAAAACCCGUACAUUACUUCAAUAAAAAAAAAUUUAAAGACAAAACUGUGAACGUAAUAUUUAACCCCAUCGCUGUUUUAACACAUUCCUUUGAUGUUUUAAAUUCCUAGCGCUCCCCACUGAUUAAAACGGAACUCUUUAAGUAUCGGAGGUAAAUUAACUAGCGGAGGUAAAAUCAAUCUAUAGAUCUAUGAAUGACAGUUCAGUGAGACUGAAACAGAUGCAAUGAAAGCCGGGACUACGGGGGAUCCUAAGUAUGGUGUCUCCUAGCGGCGUUUUAUAGAAUGGAUUAAUCUACGAUCGAUAAUCUAACACGGUCGACUUAAUGAGCAGUUUUGUGAAUGGAUUAUCGGAGGUUUAAUUACAUUAUUGUAGUUUCACCAAUGUGCAUUUCUUACAUCACCUGCUUGGCCGUAUGAGGUGAGAGUCCGUGCGACAUCGAGAUCUCCCAGCCAUGACCUGUGUUUGUCUUUAUAAAACCUGUUCGAAUAUGUAAGGACCAUUUAUCGAAUGCAUUUUUCAAACGGAUAGACAUUUGUUGAUAUAGCUGGCUAGCUUUAAAAAAAGCAGACAAAAAGAACAAUCGCGUCUACGAUGACGACUAUCAUGAAACCCCGACUCACCGCCACUCUUACGGGACAGCCAGCCGAUCCACACACCUCCCGACCGUACAAGAGAAAUCAAGUGGUGUAUCCGCAAUGGAUGCGGACUUUAGAGGAGAAGUACAAGCGACUUCACAUGAAGAUCAGGAAAUCGACGUCUUCAAUGACGUACAUGUACAAUUCUAGUCUUGGACGCAAUAUAACGGAGCAGAAGACACUCCGAGCGGCCGGAGUGAACAAUAGGGAAGAGGUUCCCGCCAAACCCGUGAAAAAAUCGCAACAGAGUGUUCUUCUUUCGAAUUCAUCAUCCACUCAGGUGAAUCCUACCACGUGUUCAUCGGCGACAAAAAUUAGGAUUGCUGCUACCGAAAUUUCUGACGGUCCAGAAAUUUCGAGGGACGUGUGUGAUAAAGUUUAUUCGUGCGCUUGUGAAAAGGAAUGGAAAUCCCAACCAGUUGAUUAUGACGGUUCUAUCAAUACUGCAUGUGUUCGUGAAUGUGAUUGUCAAAGCGAGGGGGAUACGGGGGAUCUGUGUGAUGGUACGGGGGAUCUGUGUGAUGGUACGGUGGAAUUAUCAGAUAACAAUAUGAACCGAAGACACGUUGAAAAGGCGGGAUUAAAACCUAAAUGUAAAAAGGUCAAUAUAGCCCCCUUGGAGCAGGUGGAAAAUCAAAUAUUGAUUGAGACUCCCGAUUUUAGUGGCGUUAUCAACGUCGAUUCUAGAAGUCAUUUCAUUACGCAUGUAGGUCCCCGAAGAUUCUCCACUCGCACCAAGACGUCUGUAAGUAGACGAAGCACCGUCACACAGAAAACAUCAAAAUCGUGCCCCCCAACGAUGGAACUUGAUCUUACGACCUCCAAGCAUGUGAAUCAUAAAGCCGUACCAACAUUGCGUGCGAAAAGUGCUUACUCCAGUAAACCUCAAACUUUUAGAUCCUCCAAACUGUUCUCAAGGAUGUCGCAGGAGGCCCAGCACGCCAUGACUGAGACUAUUCAAGAACACGAGGGGUUACGAAUGCCAAAUAAUAACUUCAAAACUCAACAAUGGAUUGAUGAGAAUUUUGCUCAUCAGAACGACGUCAUUCGAUCACGUGUCCAAGAGAAUGUUUACGUCAAGCAGCCGCCUCCCUCAGGGGAUAGAGGGCCCGGGCAUCGCGUAGCUGACGAAGAUGUCUAUGAAACGAACUAUAACAUAGAGGAUGUACUUCCGAAUGAUUCUUGUACAGACUCGGAAAUGUCCGUCAAUUCUAGAAGGCGUCCCAUCACUUCCGACAGUACUAAUAUGCGACUUCCGUCCAUUCCAUCGGAUUCCACGGCGGAUUACUGCACGCUAGGACAGCUAAAACAUUUUAACCUCCGAUUACCAGGAAUCGGGCGGUACGAGAUCGCCACGUUAAGAGAAAAGACAUUUGAAAUUACUCCUCCGGGGUAUGACAUCAGAUAUAACGAUGUUGUCGUGUUUGAAGAGGGCGAACGAGAAAACGAACUGCCAUCGGAAGACAUUCGUGAACGGGCUGUACAGAAAUGCCAAGAUUGGUUAGCGAGGUAUAGUCCCCGAAAGGAGAUAUCUAAUUAGUGAUGAAUGACGUCAUCAGGAUGUGUUCCAUAGCCAUCUCAUUCCAUUUUGUUAACAAACUUUAGCAGUUUGUCACAAUUACUUGAUGUAAUUUAUUUAUUGAAAGCACGAGUAUAGGGGAAGACUGUUGUUUUCUUGCUGCAAUAGUAAGGACGUGCGUCAAUGUUAUGUCACGUUACGGUGAUUUAUAGCUCAAUGACUCGGCUUUGCUGUAGACAGGGUACUUAAUCCGUCCAUUAUGGUUCUAAAACAAUAUAUUUAUAUACCAAUUAACAGUAUUACUAAAUCCCUCACGUAUUCUUUUUGUUAUUAUUUACUUUUGUUAGUUAUUCGUGUAUCGUCUUGGACAUUUUAAUCAAGUAAUGUUUAACUGAUCUAAUGUUAAAGUAAAAUUCUAUAUAUAUAAAUAUAUAUAUAUAUAUAUAUAUAUAUGCUUGCAAUUUGGUAUUUAGUAAUGAAGUAGGAAUUCUUAACAGAUGCACAUGCAGGUGUAUCCGAUCUUGUCGAGAUAAUUUUUUAUGCUCCCUUGAUCGAAAACUAGUGGUAUUAUUUUCGGUCUGUCUCUUUGUUCGCUAAUCUUAAUAGAUUAUGUACAAUAUGGGCAUGCUUUGGUCCCUUAAAAUGGCCUUCAUAGAUUUCUGCAUAAUAAAUUCUGUAAAAAUUUAGCGAAGUGCAUUCUUACUUUUAUGAAUAUUGUAUGCACAACUUUUUGAUAAAUUAUGUUUUUUAAAUCAAAAUGUUAGCGAUUCUAUGACGUCAUAAAUACAUUUCUUUUUUCUUCUAAUGUUUGAUUAAUUGCGGUUUUACGCCGUUUUGUCAAAUGUUUUGAUUUUGGAUGAAAAAUUGCACAUUUUGGAAUCAAUUACUUUUUUUUACAAACAUAGAAUUCAUGGAGAACUUUAAUUUUAUGUAGUCAUUACAUGUCUCACAGUAAAGAUGAGCUAAUGGUAGAAAAAACCAAGUCAUCUUCUCCAAUAAGCUUAACGUAUGAGCUAAUGGUAGAAAAAACCAAGUCAUCUUCUCCAAUAAGCUUAACGUAUGAGCUAAUGGUAGAAAAAACCAAGUCAUCUUCUCCAAUAAGCUUAACGUAUGAGCUAAUGGUAGAAAAAACCAAGUCAUCUUCUCCAAUAAGCUUAACGUAUGAGCUAAUGGUAGAAAAAACCAAGUCAUCUUCUCCAAUAAGCUUAACGUAUGAGCUAAUGGUAGAAAAAACCAAGUCAUCUUCUCCAAUAAGCUUAACGUAUGAGCUAAUGGUAGAAAAAACCAAGUCAUCUUCUCCAAUAAGCUUAACGUAUUAAUGUCAGAAAUGGCGCCAAACUGGUCGUAAAUAUCAAGAUAUUAGUUUUGCCUUACAAGAUUUGAAUUAUAGAAAAGUUUAAGAUUGUAUAUCUCGAAAAGGGCAGGGAAGGAUAAGAGCCCCAUAUAGACCCCAUUUUUACUCACAUUUUACAUCUAAAAUUGUGAUAAUAAUGGCUCUUGUUUUCAAAACUCUGGUAGAAACUUAUUCCAAUAUAAUGUCACAGUAAAAAUAAAAGAUGACCACCAUCAUAAAGUAAGUGAGUUAAGUCACCAGACUCAAAAGAUUUCAGCAAAUCUCGAGUUCCAGAAGAAAACUGCAUAUUUUUGUUGUUGAAUUUUACAAACAGUUUUGCUUUGAAAAACAUUGAACAUCCACUUGUUACUGUUACUGUGCACACGUACCUUUUUAUCCCAAAGUUGCAGAUGAUACAGGUGUAAAAGAUGUAGAAGUGUGAGAGGUACACAAAUUUGUGCUCUACAUUUCUCUAGUGACCUUUUCCAAGUAAAUGUUUAACCAAAACGUGGGAAAUGUUGACUUUUUAUUCACUUUGAGCUAUUCCUGCGAACUUGAAAUAAAACAUGUUAACACCGAUACUUAUUUUGAGAUGAUCAGAGUAACUUAUUUUGAGAUGAUCAGAGUAACUUAUUUUGAGAUGAUCAGAGUAACUUAUUUUGUUAUUGGUGACUUCUGAAAACAAGAGCCAUUAUUAUAUGCCCUGAUCUUAAUGUCUCUUUUCACGUGGAUUUUCAGCGAUCAAAUAAGGCCCAGUUGUGUGCAGUUCAUGAUGUUUGAAGUAUAACUGACAGGUCAAGGUCAAGAAACUUUAUAUAGGUCUGAAAUCUCAAGGUCAAAGCUACAUGAAUGAUAAUGGUAAAGGAUAUACUUCAAGGUCACCUUCAAGUUUGCCAACAUCGAACUUGACGGCACGGCGGGAGCGAAGUGUUUCACAAAUGUAUUUAGUUCUAUCUUUACGUGAGCUUCAUGAGAGUUGUUGUAAGUAUGAAAGAGAAAACAGUGGGGAAACGGGUGCAUUUACUCAAAAGAGGUGUUAAGUUUACCUGUACUUAUAUUUAUUUAUUAGUAAUAUGUUAAUCUAUUAAUAGGGUUAGAUGUACUGUUAUGUUUUAGCGUUUACUUGUUAAGUCAUGAUGAUUAAAGGACACUAAAUAUAUCCCUAUACAUGUACAAACAUA